CAAAAAUUCACAUUAAGAUUUUAACCAAUUAUCUCUUCAUUAAGUUGUUCUGCAGCUGUAUGAAUUACAGGCGACAACAGGGAGACAGUGCCAGGCGAGACAUUUUGACCGCGCGACAUCAUCACUCGACGAUCUCCGCCGCAUCUGCCCCUCAUCACCUCAAUCGCGAUUUCUGAAGCGGCGAUGUCCACCUUCUAACCCGGAGACACGCCGUCAUGGUCAUAUAGAUUCCUACACACAUAUACAUCCUACCUAUCAGUAGUAAUUGUCGAUACUUGGCCAAUCCAUCCGACUCCAUCAUUAUCAUCAUCUGCCACAAUCAAGAUGGCUCUCUCCCAGAGUGCAACUGCAAUAUCCACGAUGAACCGCCCGGGUGUAUCUCCAGCAGUGCCAAAGCCCAAUUCGAUAACCAUCAACGGGUUUCGGAUCACUACGCAGAAGCUACCGAUUUUAAAAGCGAACCCAAUCGAAGAGAUGACCAAGAAACUAGGCAUCACGCCCCCGGAGAUGAUAUUCGGCGAUAAUUAUGUGAAGAUAGAAUAUGAGAAGGGAGGUUGGGGAAUCGCAUUCAGCGCUUUUGAUGCGCUAGACCGGGUGGACAAAACGGGGGAGAGUAUGCUGAAGGUUGCAUAUUCGAAGGAAUGGCAGAAAAGCAGGGAGAAAACCCAUGAUGGUAUCAAGGAGGUUGUGAAGCCAUUCGAUUGGUCUUAUACUACUGACUAUCAAGGCACUCUUCACCCCGCCGCCCAGCCAUUCACUCCGAGCGAGAAGCCCAUUCCCGUCGAGCUACUCAAACGUCCAGAUCCCAUUCUGUUCUUCGAUGAUGUUAUCCUUUACGAGGAUGAGCUGGCGGACAAUGGAAUUGCCAUGUUCUCAUGCAAGGUUCGCGCUAUGCCUGGCAGACUUCUUCUUCUCGCCAGAUUCUUCAUGAGGCUUGACAAUGUGCUGUUCCGCAUCCGGGAUACACGAGUUUACAUUGAUUUCCAAACACGGGAAGUUAUCAGAGAGUACCAGUCCCAAGAGUGCGACUACGAAAAAGUCCGACAGACUCUCGUAGGCACAAGAGACGAUGCACCUGCAGUCAUGAGGGAUCCGAACAGGCUCUCGACAAUUCUCCCAGUCGUUGAAAAACGCCUAGAGAGUGUAACCCUCGGAGACCAAUCAUAAUAAAAAAGUGAUGUCUUGAAUGAAAUUUACGAUUUCUAUGAAAAAACCUCAAUUGAUAGCUGCAUUUUGAGGGACGUUACUGCCUUGGCAAGGCUUUAAAGCCGAGAAAAAGCAGCCAGGAGUCUACUCUCAGAACUGGCAGGUGCCAAAGUAGACGACCUCGUCAGUCAUUAUUCAAAAAUAUAGAAAACAUCAGAAUAAGGUACCUAGUAGGUAGGUAGUAGAACAGAACAACCAAUAGCCAUCGUGGCCAAUAAACAUCGAUUUGAUGCAAAUAUGACAAACAGUGCAAAC